UUGCCCCUUGGAACUAGACCCCUGCAUACAACGAGGUUUCAGAGGUUGACCUUCAGAAUCAGGCUGGACAAGACAUCGACAAGAAGCACACGGACAGCCGGGCAGGCGGUGUUGUUCGAUGCCUGACGAUAAGCUGCGCAGUCUCUCUGCAGCGGGAUAUGAGUGGAGUGAUGGUGGGGCUUCUGCGAAGCCGAGACACAUAAGACAAGGUCUCUCUUACCCGGCUGCUAUCCAUACGAAUGUCAAACGCUCUCGCAAAGUUUGAGAUGACUCUCAUGCAGGUCUCAAUAGAGCGGCCGACUUAUGCCUCGUGCGGGAACCCGGUUUCCUUGCUCUCUUCUCCGUACUAUUGGCUGGUGCUACUGAUGCGGCGGCUAGCACUGGUAGUGGAAGGAAGCUCGCGCGGCGGUAGCAGCCUUCAGACAGAGGUGCUCCUCUCGUGGAUUGCUAUAACUGCGAGCUGCCAGCUGCACGUUGUGCCUAAUUUGAUCUCGCUUUCAUCCUUGCUUGUGGUGCUGUGCUCGUCGAGUGAGAGCCGUCCCUGCGUGUGCUUGCCCGCCUCAAGCUGCAGAUACCCCACUAUCAGCACCGCCGCCACUGCACAUUCCUCUGCAUUACACGACAGAAAACUUGGAGAACAAACAGCUUUUGUGUGCUGUCAGACUGCAGUAAAUUGCAUGUUUGGCGCCAAUUAGCGCACCCCUCAGUCAGUCAACGCGCCACUUUACGAGUGCGCACGAAACUGCAGCACGUUGGACGUCGCGUAGAAGCGCACCGCCUCUGAGGUCAAUUCGACUACUCUUCUCUGCGUGCAACAUAGCAGACUUAACUUCAAGUGAUCGCAG